GCCUGGCCGGCCUGGCCAUAGGCUCCCUGGAGCAGCGUGGGCGGGGCUUUUCCCCCUCCUGUGACUAACUAAAGUCUGUGAGUCACUGCACAACCCAUCAAUCCUAUUAAAUGCCGUGUGCGGGCAGGCGGUGCUGCUUCUGCUGUUCCCUGCGCUGCCCCAGCUCCUGUGCAUGGGCUGCCGCCGCUUCCCCCUCUGAUACAUGGCUGGCUGGCUGGACUUGUUACAGUGUCACAUCCUCCCCGCCAGCUGCAGCACCAACUUCCCCCCCAGCUAGUCUCCUCCUGCCCGGGGCUGCUGCAAAGUGAUGGGAUAGAGCAAAGCCACUCCAGCACCUGGGCUCCUAUUUAUUACAGCCUGUCUCCUUCUCCUGUUCCUUGGUUCUUCCUCUCUUCCUUUCCCUUCUUUAUUUUAUUCCUCCCUUUCCCCUUGUCUCGGAGCCUAGAUUUGUUGAGUUCUUCUGGAAAGGAUAUAUGUUGGGGAAAGGAGGAAAGCGGAAGUUUGACGAGUAUGAAGAUGGGCUGGAAGGCAAAGCAGUGUCUCCUACUGACGGUCCAUCUAAGGUGUCUUACACCUUACAGCGCCAGACUAUCUUCAACAUUUCCCUUAUGAAACUUUAUAACCACAGGCCAUUAACAGAGCCAAGCUUGCAAAAGACAGUUUUAAUUAACAACAUGCUGAGGCGAAUCCAGGAGGAACUCAAACAAGAAGGCAGCUUGAGGCCUGUGUUCAUCACCACUUCACAGCCUACUGACCCUCUGGGUGACAGCUUUCGAGAGGCUCAGCCUGCGUUCAGUCAUCUUGCCUCUCAGCCAGUUCACCCCACUGACUUAGUAAGCACUACACCAUUAGAGUCUUGCCUCACCCCAGCCUCUUUGCUUGAGGAUGACACUUUUUGCACUUCCCAGACUGUCCAACAUGAUGGUCCUACAAAACUACCACCUCCAGCUGUCCAACCGGUAAAAGACAGUUUCUCCUCAGCCUUGGACGAAAUUGAGGAGCUUUGUCCAACACCUACCUCUACCGAGGCAGUAGUAGCAGCAACAGAAGCAGCAGCAGCAACAACAGAUGACUCUAAAGACAACUCCAGUGAGUCCAAUGUUCAAAAGUCUGAGGGAGUCCAAGAGAGCAGAACAAGUGAAUCAAAACUCAUGGACUCUUUACCCGGCAAUUUUGAAAUAACAACUUCCACAGGUUUCCUUACAGACUUGACCUUGGAUGAUAUUCUGUUUGCUGACAUUGACACAUCUAUGUAUGAUUUUGACCCUUGCACAUCUGCUACAGGGGCUGCCUCAAAAAUGGCUCCUGUCUCAGCAGAUGAUCUCCUAAAAACUCUAGCUCCCUAUAGCAGUCAACCAGUAACCCCAAAUCAGCCUUUCAAAAUGGACCUCACAGAACUGGAUCACAUAAUGGAGGUGCUUGUUGGGUCUUAAAGUAUACCGACUUUUUAUGUACCAGUAUAUACACUUGGUAGUAUUUUCACAACCCUUCCCUCCUUCCCCGCCCCUCCAAAUUCACAGCACUGUGCAUGCAUCCUUGCUUGCCUUUUUUUAAAAGAAAAGGAUCACACUAGUUUUUGCUUCAAGCAGAGUUGGAGUGCCUUCAUCCGUGUAUGACCACUUUCAAUGUAUUUUUUUUUAAGUGGUUCCUCAAGGAAGACCUAAUACCCUGGUAUAGGAAAGAAUACAUAUUGUAGACAAUAUUACAAUGAUAUUACGACAAAAAAAUUGAAUUGUAAAAGCUAAGCACAAGGAUUAUGUUGGGGAAAGCUGUAAAUUUGCAUGUGCAUAUUUGUCUAUUUUUUCUAUAAGUUUUAUUGCAAGAGGUAAAAAAUUUAUUAUUUAGAUAAUCUCAGUACCUUUUUGGCAUUUUAGCCCUGUAUAGGUUGACUUAGCAAUUCAGCCCUUUGGAGGCAUUAACUAGUCUUCUUUAAGUGUUGCAUUUACAUGGCUGUUUAGAAACUGCUGCCCAAAUUUAUUUUAUAUUUUUGUACAGAUUCUGCAGUUUAUUAUAUUGUUUUUUCUAAAAACAAAUGCUGUUUAUACACACAAAAUAAUAGCUAUUUUGAUAGGAUUUGCUCACAUAGUUCCUGCAUAAUUGAUGUACAAGAACCACUUGUACUUUUAUACAGAGUUGUAAUGUUUUAUAUGUGUAUGGUGCAAAGAGAAAAAUGGAUCAAAUAAAUCUGCAGUUAGGUCUCCCUGAAUGCAAGCAGUGCUUUAAGAAAGGGCUGGGGGCUGUUUCACAAAUAUUUACUUGCUGCUGUAGCCACCUGUGCACUACUGUGAUUUGAAAACUUAGAGCCAUGUCGACUCCAAGACCUAUGUUAAACAGUUGGCAGGAGAUAAUUGUGAAACUUCAUUCUAAGUGUUCUCUUGUGAGAUCAAGGCUACUGAAAACCUGAUCCUGAAGCCAGUAUGUCAAGCAAACGUAUAAUCUUUUUAUUUUUAAGCAAAGUUUUUUGGUUUUUUUUCUAAAUUUGGAACAGCCAAUUGUCUUUUUGUUACUUGAAAUAUGUUACCAUUUUAGCAAGUCGGCAUUUCCUUAGCUGAAGUGAUUGCGAAUUAUUUUAAUGGGAAUAUACACACCAUUUACAAAUACAUCUUUGUAAUUUUUCUUAAAGAAGAUAUACAUGGUAUUUGUUCCAAUUAAUUUGUGUUCAAGAUUCCACUUGCCCUUUCUUGGAGCAUUCUUUCUCCCUCACUGUGUUAAUAAGUGCUGAAAAAUGCAACUUCAGUAUUACUGCAGUGAAGCUCAUCUCUUAUCUGCACUGGAUGGACUUAUUUUAGUAUCCAUUGCUGUUGAAACUGGAGCCAGUCGUGUGACAUCACUUGGCAUCUCCUCUAGGGUUCGUUUCUUGUAUCAACUGUGUUACCUGCUUUACACUUUAUAGACCUGUUUUACAAUGAAUAUACAGACACAGCUUUCUAUGCAUGUUUCCUUCCCCAGUAACACCUGAGAUGCACCAAUAGCAUUUUCGUAUUCAUUGUGCUGUACAUUUAAUUUAAAAAAACAUUUGCAAUGUAUCGUGCCUGUUGCUGAAAUUGCUAUGGCAUUUUAGUUUUUCAAUGGUACUUUAGCUAAUGAGUGCAAGUUACAACCUAUAUUGUUGACAUGCCUUUGGCUUCUUUAGGAAUAACUUUUAUAUUUAUUUAAGAAAUUUUAAAUUAUGUUUUAUGUCUAUUUGGCAAUAUUCAGUCAAUUCUGCUCACUUCUUGUCAUGGAUAAAAUUGGGUCUUGUCUGCCUUUAAGUAAGAAGGCAGCUUUAUAAAUUGGCACUUUAAACAGGCCAUAUAUAUUUACUAGUAAAUAUAUAUAAUGCACACAUAACACAAAGCAAAUAAAUUUUGCAGUGAAGGAACUGCUACUCUAAAUGCAGUGCAUCAUGUACAAUUAGGAAAUGCUUCUAGAUCCUAAUUAAUCAGCCAGUUUUAGUCUAUUUUAAAGAGAAAUGCUAUCUGACACAACAAGAUGUUGAUAUAAUCGCAAUUGUUUGCUUACAAUAUAGUAUUUUCUAACUUCAAACAGAACAGCAGCAACCAACUAAAAUUAAGGACCAUUUUUAACUGUUGGCUCAGGGCUAGCUGGGGAAGGGUCGCUCUGUUUUGCAUCCAGUAAUGUUUGGCUGUUGUUCAUUUAGCAACUUCCAUUCCUUGUAAGAGAACAAUCCUGCCACAGGCUCCACAACUUUUGUAACUGGAACACCCAAGGAAUCAUAGCAACCACAAGGUGUAUCAAUCUGUAUACAAAAACCUAAAGCUAUGCAAUAAUGGUGAUUGUUCAGAACAAUAACAUGGUAAGCAGUUGAUUAUUGUUGUUCUAAGUUAUUGUAAAUCAGUUCUUAACAACUGCCCUUUCUUUGGAUUAGUUAAUUGUGUUUUUAGACAAGCACCAUAUGUUAGGCAACAGUUCAAAUAAACACCAUUUUUCAGAGCAGUGAACUGCUGUUUAAAAGUGGUUGUUUGAAGUCUCUUUGUAAUUGCAGAACAAGAGAGAGAAUCUCAAAAUACUCUUUACCACUCAAAAGAAAUCUGUGUAUCCUUGGUAAUAAAGUAGGGAAAUCCUUAAUAUUAGAGCACACCUCUACCCCGAUAUAACAUGACACGAAUUCGGAUAUAACACGGUAAAGCAGCGCUCUGGGAGGGCGGGGCAGCGCGCUGCUGCAGACCAAAGCAAGUUUGAUAUAAUGCAGUUUCACCUAUAACGCGACAAGAUUUUUUGGCUCCUGAGGACAGCGUUAUAUUGAGGUAGAGGUGUACUUAAAGGAAGUUGACAGGAGAUAUACAAAGAGCAAAACACCUGAUGUAUAAAAUUAGGCAAAAGGUUGAUAAUUCUUAUUUUGAACUGUAACCUUUAAUUCUAUAGAUUGAAAUGCUUGUUGAAAUCUUCUGCUUUGGCAGUAACUUUCUUUCUAUAGCAUGGCCUUCUUGCAAAGGGCUGAGUGUAACAGUCAAGAUAAGAUUUCUUUAUAAAAGAUGAAUACCCAGGUGAUGUAUUUUGACAAUAAUGUGCAAUGAAGUGACAAGAUGGGAGCAGAAUAAAAGAGCUUUGGAUUUGAA